AUGUCGACUCCCGACAUCGCCCAACUGUCCGCGUCCCAGCAAGAAGCUCUACAAACCUACACCUCCGUCACCGAUCAAGACCCUAUUGCCGCAAUCCCUCUCCUGCAACGAUGUGAAUGGAACGUCCAGAUCGCAGUGGCCCGCUUCUUUGAUGGUGAACCUUCAAGCGAUCCUCUCGCCGAAGCACAAGCACAGUUACCGACUGCCUCCGCCCGUCAAACGACAAACCUGCAGUACGAAUCUCUCCUGGCUGCAACACGAUCCUCUUCCAGAACACCGCGGGCGAAUCCCGAGGACAUAGUGACGCGAGUUGACACGAGCGGCACAGUCAACGAACCAGUCUAUCGUCCCUCGACGUUAUUCUCCAUAAUCUUCACCCCCGUCAGCAUUCUAUACAGAGUUUUCACGACCGUGCUGUCACCAUUUGGGUUCCUUGUUCCCACAUUCCUCUCUCGCCUCUUUCAUCGCCUUCUCUAUCAGUCCCAGUCGCAGUCACGCACUCAGAGGCGAGCUCUACCGCCAGCUGAGAAUGCCAGAAGAUUCAUCCGAGAAUUCAGUGAAGAGUAUGGCGCCGAGGGUCAUGAUGGAGAGUCGUCUGCACCCCUCCUCCCAUUCACAGAGUCCGGGUUUAACUUAACCCUCGACACGGCAAAAAAAGACCUAAAAUUUCUGCUUGUGAUUCUCCUCUCUCCUAGCCAUGAUGACAACCACAGCUGGGUUCGAGAGACCCUCCUCUCUACGCAGUUCAAGUCAUUCCUCGACUCGCAUCAUUCUGAAUUGAUACUCUGGGGUGGUGAUGUGAGGGAUUCAGAAGCCUACCAAGUCUCUACUAGUUUACAGUGUACCAAAUUCCCCUUUGCGGCACUCAUAUGCCAGGGCUCGGAACCAGGAUCGGGCUCACCGUCGGGAGCAAUGACCGUUAUCAUGCGCGCCGUGGGGCCCACGUCAGCGUCGGAAUUGGUUGCAAAAGUUGCCACAGCGAUGACGGCACAUCAAGCACAGCUCGCUGCCGCGAGGGCACAACAAGCAGAACGCCAGGCAACCCAAAAUUUGCGAAGGGAACAGGAUUCGGCGUACGAGAGGUCACUGGCGCAGGAUCGCGAGAGGGCCCGGCGAAAACGGGAAGAGGAAGAAGCCGCAAGGAAAGCAGAGAUGGAGGCCCAGGAACAGGCAAGAUUGGCAGAGAAGAGGAAGAGGGACUUGGAGCAAUGGAAGAGAUGGCGUGCUCAGUCGCUUCCGGGAGAACCAGAUACGGAUGUCAAGGAUGCAAUUCGGGUGAGCAUCCGCUUGCCUUCUGGAAGACGGGUCAUCCGGAAAUUUCGAACGGAUGCAGAGAUGGAAGAACUGUAUGCCUUUGUGGAAUGUUAUGAGGUGGUCACGUCCCGAGAAUCAGAAAAUCAAAGCCCGGAAGAUGAUGUGGAGGAGCCAGAGGGGUAUGAGCAUGAAUACAGGUUUCGACUUGUUUCGCCUAUGCCCCGGACAGUGUUUGAUUUGGAGAAGGGAGGGUCAAUAGGCGUGAGAGUGGGCAAAGGCGCGAACUUGAUCGUGGAACCUGUCGACGAGGAUGACGAAGACGAACAUGAGGACGAAGAUUAA